UUCAAAGAGCCGGUGUCCUAGCAAAACGUGAGGUGCUGUUUUUCUUUUACUUUUACAAUUUGGCUUACUGUUUACAAGUAAUUGACUAUAUCAAUAGUCAUAUUGUAUCAUUGGGCUACUCGAUAUUUCAACUCACUGGAUAAGAAGGCGUUUACGUUUAAGGACCAAAUAACGAGUUUUCGCAAGAUCCGGAUGAGACGAGGAUUGGUGCCGCAUUUAUUUCCUACAGCAACGUGGGUCACGCGCCAGAUAUAGUUGAACUGGAUCCCAGAUCGGAAUAUUUGUAGAAUAAAUCGUCAAUUUCGUGGGAUUACAAGAAUGCUGCUGUCUAAAUUAAACUCAUUCACUCACAUCUCCACCGUUGAUAUGCCGGCGAAAAUCCAGCUUCAAGUUCACCAAGGGAAAGAGAGGGAGCCUUUCGAGAAGCUUUACCAGGUUGGCUCUGUGCUGGGAAGUGGCGGUUUUGGAACGGUGUAUUCUGGCACAAGAAUUUCAGAUGGAGCACUGGUUGCUGUCAAACAUGUGGCUAAGGAUCGGGUCUCGGAGUGGGGAGAGCUGCCAAAUGGCUCUCGUGUCCCCAUGGAGAUUCUACUCAUGAAGAAAGUUGGGAAUGGAGCUCGGGGCGUGAUAAAGAUGCUGGACUGGUACGAGCGUCUUGACAGCUUUAUUAUUGUCAUGGAACGGCCGGAGAAGGUCAAGGACCUUUUUGAUUUCAUCACUGAGAAAGGUGCUUUACCAGAGGAGCUGGCAAAGAACUUUUUCUGUCAGGUUCUUGAAGCCGUUCGACACUGCCACAACUGUGGGGUUGUACACAGGGACAUCAAAGAUGAAAACAUCCUCAUUGAUCUUCAGACUGGCGAAAUGAAGCUUAUUGACUUCGGUUCCGGGGCAUUGCUCAAAGACACUGUUUACACCGACUUCGAUGGUACUAGAGUGUACAGUCCACCUGAAUGGAUCAAAUACCAUCGGUACCAUGGGCGGUCAGCAACUGUUUGGUCUUUGGGUGUCCUGCUGUAUGACAUGGUGUGUGGAGAUAUCCCCUUCGAGCAGGACGAGGAGAUUGUACAAGGCCAGGUGCUCUUCAGACGAAGAAUCUCCACAGAGUGCCAGCAGUUGAUAAAGUUGUGCCUGUCCCUGAGGCCCGCUGAGAGGCCAUCGUUUGAGGACAUCAUCAAUCACCCAUGGAUGCAGAGCACAGUGUCCUCAGCAGAGCAGAGCACAGAGAUCAGACUGCACAGUAUCAGUCACGAGCCUACUGCGUUCACCACCGUCGUGGCCCAAUGACUGUAUUACUGCACUGACCGAGACUAGUAGAACAGAGCACAGAGAUCAGACUGCACAGCAUCAGUCACGAGCCUACUGCGUUCACCACCGUGGUGGCCCAAUGACUGUAUUACUGCACUGACCGAGACUAGUAGAACAGAGCACAGAGAUCAGACUGCACAGCAUCAGUCACGAGCCUACUGCGUUCACCACCGUGGUGGCCCAAUGACUGUAUCACUGCACUGACCGAGACUAGUAGAACAGAGGACUGACGUGGCUGUACACCAAAGACAAUAUGGACUAUACAGAAGGAAGUUACAUUUAUUUAAAUAUCUCUUUCUCUUGUGGCCAGACCCCACCUGUUCACUCUCCUUUUGGACUUCAUGAAAACGUAACAUCUUUAAUGGCUACUUAAUUGGACACUGUAAUAUCAAAAGCUAUUCUCACCCCUACGACGGACUUGCUCUGUAAUAUUGGCUGUGGUGUGGGAGUAUGUACACCAGAAAGGACGAAGUCCAUCCCUAUUCAUGUGAUUUGUUCUGCUGAAGGCAUGAACAAGUGGACCGUCUUUGUUACAUAACUAGCUAGCUACCAACCAGCCAUUGUACUCUGCCCCGCCUCACACAGGAAGCAAAGAGGAGCAAAUCGAAGUGCCUUUGGUGUGUCAGAUUGUUGGGGACCCUGGAAAUACUUGAAUUUCAUGAAGCCAACAUGUCACUUUUCUUCUUUUUACUUUACAAGGUUUUAUUUCCUGCUUUUGUCUUAUAGGACUAGAUCAGUAAAUCCUUUGCCAUUUUCCAAAACCGACAGCAGCCAGAGAACCUCCUAUAGUACACACAAACCUGUGCAAACAAAAACCGGAAGACUUACCUCACUCUCCUGCAUCCACCUCCGAGCUUUUAACGCCUGUCUACACACAACUACCACUCACCCAGACGUGAAUGCACACAGUAAUGCAAAGAGCCACACGAAAAUACUAAAUGCUUUUUUGUUCGAGUAAACAUGUCUAUCUUUCACCUCACAGGCUAGGAAUAAGGCUAUUGUGAAUAAUAUUUGUGUGAAUUUUCUCACUCGAGCCGUGUGGAAUUAUUUAUUUAUUUAUAGAGAAUUUCGGCUGUAUAUUUCAUUCCACAGUUGUUGAAGGGCCCACAGAUUAUUUAACUGUAUUUUGACCAUAUUUAUGGCUUGAAAUCUUCUGAGCAGAUGUUUGUGUAUGUAUGUAUAUAUAUAUAUGUAUGUGUAUGUGUGUGUGUGUGUGUGUGUGUAAAUAACCUUCAAAGCACUUCCAUUUUAAUGUAUGUUGAAAGUCUACUGAUGGUAACUGUUAGUUAUUUGUCUGCUGUUGAUUUGGAUGAAUUGACAAUGUUCUGAGUAAGCAAGUAUGUGUCAUACAUCAACAUUGUUUUCACCUCUUGUUGCAUGAUUGCAGCUUAGUUUGUUUUGUUUUCAUCCAAAUUAGAAUUGUAAAUGAUAUGAACUAUUUUUAUACGAUUUCAAUAAAUAUUUUUUUAACCUUGA